AUGGCUCCAGAGUAUGCAAUGCGAGGGCAGUUGUCAAUUAAAGUAGACGUUUACAGUUUUGGAGUGGUGGUCCUUGAGAUCAUCAGUGGAAGGAAAAACAGUGAUACUGAUCUUCCACAUCAUAUGCAAAACCUGUUAGAAUGGGCAUGGAAAAUAUUCAAUAGAGGAAAUGCGCUGAAUCUGGUAGACUCAAAGGCAUCACAAGUCAGCCAGGAGCAGGCCUUAAGAUGCAUUCAUGUUGGGCUUUUGUGUGUACAGGCUGAUGCAACACUUCGUCCAGCUAUGUCUAAUGUUAUAUUGAUGCUCUCUAGCAAUUCAGUGACUUUACCAAAUCCCUCAAACCCUGCUUUUAUAAGUAAUAGCGAAAGCUACGCAUCAACAUCUAGAUCAAAGUCAAGCUCGGGGUUUGAAGAACAUGAGAGGGGAACAACAUCUCAGACGACAUCAGGGACGACUACCUCAUCUUUCCAACGGAUUCCUUCUAUAAAUGAAACCUCGCUCACUCAAAUGGAAGCAAGGUGA